UGUUGUGAAGAAUGGCAUGCAAAGGGUGCUUGGAGUGCCUAUUGAAGCUUCUUAACUUCUUGCUGAGCCUUGUGGGUCUGGCCAUGGUUGGCUAUGGGAUUUACUUGCUGGUUGAGUACAAAAGAUCUACCAGUAACACCCUUGUGGCCUCAGAUGUGAGAGGCGAUGAAAGCUUGAUACUGUUCGGCCGACCACUAAUCAUGGGUGUUUCUCUGUCGAGUAGUAUUUUCGAUGACCUGCCGAAAGCUUGGUUCAUAUACUUAUUUAUUGCUAUAGGAGUUAUUCUCUUUGUCAUAUCUUGUUUUGGUUGUAUCGGAGCUGUGACACGGAAUGGAUGCUGCUUGACUUGUUACUCAGUAUUGGUGAUCCUGUUGAUCUUGGUAGAGCUGGGAUGUGCAGCCUUCAUAUUUUUUGACAAAAGCUGGGAAGAAGAAAUUCCAACAGACAGCACUGGAGAUUUUAACUUGAUAUAUGACUUCCUGAAAGAGCAAUGGAAAAUUGUAAAAUGGGUUGCUCUUGGAGCUGUUGUUUUGGAGGCACUUAUAUUCUUGUUAGCGCUCGUGGUCAGGGCAGCAAACAGACCAGUAGAAUAUGACAGUGAUGAUGAGCUCAUUGCCCCACGGCAACAGAUUAGGCAGCCAUUGAUCAAUAGGCCACCAGUUCCAGCUGUGGGUGUACCUGUUUCCAGUGCCCUUGACCAGCGUCCGGGAAGAAGUGAUGCUUGGAGUGCACGCAUGAGAGAAAAGUAUGGACUGGAUACCUCCGAGUUUACCUACAACCCAUCCGAGUCACACAGGUUCCAGCAAGUUGCCACGCAGCCAGCCGAAGAAAGGAGCCGUUGCAGCAUCAUGUAGUGAGUUGAUAAAUUUUGUUGGGUUGGUCUUGAAGACGGCUGUCAUGGACAAUUAUGUUGUAACUAAUUCCAAAUCUCUCCGAAGCUGAUCUUUUUCUUUUUGUUGAGUUUUGUGAUGUUUGAGGUUCUGUUCUUGUUCCCCAACAUUCUCCCUCGUUUUUGUAAUUCA